AUGGAGGAUGAAGCGGAUGAUGAGGAGGCUGGAAAUACGGAAGAUAUUCAGAACAAUAGUGGGAAUGGAAAAGACAAAGAACCAGAAAAUGAUGAGAACAUGGAAGACGUUGACAUGAAUAUUUCACACCAAGAUGUUCAAGCAAUCGACAGAAAUCAAGAUAGAGAUCAUUUUGACGACUACCCACGAAUCGAGUCUCCUCUAAUUUUUGAACCCCCGCACAUGGAAGUUGUUGUGGAUUCAGAAGAAGGAGAAGAUGAGUAUGAAGAAGUUGAUGGUAUGGAGUCUCCACAGGAACCAGAAUCAGGUGUGGCGAGGCUGAUGUCAGAUUCAUCAGAUUCCGGAUCAAAUUCAAAUAUUGACGGCGAAAACGAUUUGCCUCCUAUCUCAGUAUACCGUUGUCCUCUCAACUACACUCCUACGUUCAAUCCCCAUUCAAGGACCGAAAUGUCAAUACUUUCGAGAAUCCCAAAGGAAUGCGUCGUCCGUCAUCUUCCCGGCUGGAACCCGAUGAAUUAUAUAGCUUGGCAAGGGAAUGAAUCAUCUCGGAGUAAAAUGAUUUCUAAGGAGAUUGAGAUGGCUAUAAACGGAUUGAAACGUUUCGUGGCGUCCGAUCAAGGGUACUUGCUAAUUGAGAAUCACUCAGCUAAUCCAGAAUGCUCUCUCAAUACUAUCUGCAAUAUACUGUUCAGUUGCAAGGAGAUUCGAGCACUAUUUCAAGAUUAUUGCCAAAAUGAGAUUCUCGAUUUGAUGACUGCGAUAUUCAGAAGAGAUAAGCAAACAACCAGUGACUUGAGACGGAUUCUGGAUGAAACGUUUGAAAAUGGAGUACAUGAUGUUCGUGAAACAUUUUCAAAUCUCAUCAAGCAGAGUUUCGAAGAUUCCUACAUGUCAACACUGUGCUCGGAACGAUGUGAGCACAGUUGUGGUGGAAGAAUGUAUCGGAAGAGAGUGGUCACUCCAAAAGGUCGUUAUCAUGUCAUGAUGGUGGAUCACGGAGGAAAUAAAAUUUUAAAUCUAACCACAGACUCCAAAGUGGAGAUGUUUGGAUUCAAAUGGACUGUGAUCUUGUUUGCAGAAUUCUGUCCAAGCAGUAAUGGCCACUAA